CGAACAUGAAACGCAAAGCCCGCUUGGCAGAGCGCUCAGACUUCACUAUCAAUCUGUCUCUCUCUGUCGCAUACACACGAUCUGCCCGACAUGGCGCCAGUACCGCCGACAAAGCACUCGCGCCAUGUGAGAUCGGCGAAAGAUCCUCGAGGUAUAUAUGCGCCUACAUCCGCCACCGACAACGCACGAUCGCCCGCAGAUUUACAUACCAGUCCACACAAGCGGAAACGAUCUGAUGGCGACGACGGCGAUGCAGAGUUCGGCUUCAAGAUCAACAAGAAAGACAAGCGCUCCAUUCGGCAUCAGGUCUUGCUCAACAAAGUCCGGCAUAGCGGAAUAAGUAAGGACCGCAAAGUGCUGAAGCGGAGGAGACCGGCGAAGAAGCUGAAGACGGAUAUCGGUGGGUUAGCAGAUGCGCUGCCGGAUGAUGUCGAGCCUUCGCUGGAGUUCGCAGGGUUGAGGAAGGCUACCAAGCGGAAAGCACCGUUGGCGGAGAGAGCUGGCACGAUGAAGAUGCGCAGCCUCAAAAACAGGCCUGGUGCGAUGAAGCGCAAGCGGAAAAUGGAGGGGCUGGAGGUAGAGCGGUUUCGCCGCAACAUGGCGAUGAUGGUGGGAAAAGAGGGCGAGAGAGCGGCAUCGCUGGUUGAGAAGGGAGGCGGUGCUCAGCAUGACGGCUCAGGUGGUUAUGGCGCCGACCGACCAGCGACAUCUGACCAGGCUGACCGCUGGGCCGCUCUCAGGCGCUUUAUUGGCGCGACGAUGGAAACGAGCGACAUGUUUCCAAAGCGGUAG